UGCUGCCAGGGUCCAUGCCAGGAGCUGGGCAGCAGGAUUGCCUUCCCUCCAAGCACAGAGCCCCUCUUGGGGUCCGGAUCACUGGGAACAGCCCCUUCUUGUAGGCGAGGGCACAGCUCUGGUUCUUAAGCCACUCGUGAGGAGCAGCUCCCACAGCUCAUCAGCGAGGGGCAGGUGAGGGAGCUCAGAGCAGCUCCCAAAGCUCUGAGCACUCCCAAAGGGUUUUACUCUCUUUGCUGGUCCAACAAGCAUCGCUCUUGCCUGGUCUAGCAGGAAAGGCACAGGGUCAUUUGUAUGCUGUGUUUUAGCAGACUUUCUUAUGAUCUACACAAAAGCCCUGGGUACUCCAUGUGUGGGAGGGCCAUGGGAAGGUCUCUCCCUUGGGUGGGCUGGAGGAUGAGUCCCUGAGGGAAUGGUGAGCAAGAGAGAGAAAUCCAGGCAGCAGGAACACAGCCCAAGGCAACGAAACUCAGUUGAAUGCCUGCGCUGGGCUUCCCAGCUGAAGGUUUCAGUCCCAUCUGUGCCUUUAGUAAAGUUCAAUGGGAAUUCAUGGACCAUCAAUCCAGUGGGAGCCAAAGUGCACUCUGGGUGAAGGGAGGGAAGCAGUGAGUUGAUAGGAACAUGAGUGUGGUCUUUGGGGGAAGGUCAGCGUGGUGUUGGCAGGGAGUAGCUUUAUCUCAGAUCUAUUUUUGUAAAAUGGCAGCAUGCUGCCUGCAGGCACAGCCAGAGUUUUGGGGGUCUUGGUGGAGAGUCAGUGCAAGGAGGCUGUGCUCAGGAUCAUUUGGAAGGAGGUUAAUGCAGUCUGCAACCUUUGUGCAUCGAUGGAAAUUCUCCAGCCCGGAGGGAAAGUGUUUGUCUCCAGUGGCUGUCUGGCAGGCAGCGUGCAUUGUAUUGGUUGUCUCCAUCCAGCUCUCAGUGGAAAGUGGAUGCACAGCCAUAAAACAGCUCUUGUCUCUUAGUGCUGUCAUUUUAUCUGGCCAAAAAAAUCUUUCCUUUGCUGUCAGCUCCACAGGGAGGCUGCAGAGGCUGGGGUGGAAACUCCAAGUGCUGCCAGCAGUGCUGCCUAUGAUUCUCCCAUGUUUAUGAAACUCUGCUGACCAGUUUGUAGCUGCUGGGAGAAAAUGUCACUGCCCUGUAGUAAUUUCUGUGCACUGAAAAUCCUGCUCAGCCAUUGGGGUUGUAGAGUCUACAACACAUGCUGGACAUGUGGGGACACAUGGGGACGUGUGGGACCAGGGGGAGGUGGCCCAGGAGACCUUCCCACCAGCCAUGCCCUGCUCAGCACUGUCCUCUGUGGAACAGCACCAGAAACAGGACAAAAUGCAGAACAAGGGCUCUGCUGUCCACAUCCUCAGGGGUGACCGAGGGCUGAUGCUGGGCACGACACAGGCGUGGGGGUGACUUAAAUACAGGGUGUCUGUAUAGUGGGUGGCUGCAGGAGAGAGCAGAAUCCCUCUGAUAAAAUUGUUCUUCAGAAAGGCAACUGUUACCAGGCUGGCACCGAAUUUCUAUUUCUUCACUCUUGCAUUUUGAGAGUAUUUUAAAACUUUUUAACAAGUUUCUUCUUGUUCCAGGAAAAAGAGCACAGGAUGGCACGAACUCAGAGUCUGAUCUCAAACUGAGCUGCCUUUUUCUUGUUCCCUCUUUUGGUGGCAGUCACAUCACUGGUGGAGUAGUUAAGCCUUUGGGCUUGUGGGAGAGCCUGCCUGGAGGUGGCAAAGACACCAGCAUUUUACCUUGCUCUGCUACUAAUCCCUGGCACCCAGAAUGUGCUCCUGAAGUCCUGAGGCUCUGUGGAGGUGGCGAAUGUCACUCUGCAUGCUGUGCUCUGACCAGGGCAGCAGUGCAGCAGGGCUGUCUCUCCUCCAUCGUCGAGAUGCUGGAAAGUGCCUUUUAUGGCUUAGACCUUCUGAAGCUGCACUCAGUCACGACCAAGCUCGUGGGUCGGGUGGAAAAGCUCGAGGAGGGCAUGGCCAGGAACUUGACGCAGGAAGGGCAGCGGGCAGGAGCCAGCGGGGAGGAGGGUCUGCAGGAUCCCCCUGGCAGGGAAAACUGCUCCAGGCUCCUCACCCACAGCCUGGCCGACAUUGAGAGCUCUCUGCAGCGGGACGCUGAGGCUGCCUACGCUCACUCAGAGGGAAAAUAUGAAGAAAGAUUCCUGAAGGAUGAAACCAUCUCCCAGCAGAUCAACUCUGUGGAAUCCCUCCCGGAGCUGCACCUCUCUCUGGAGGAAAAGAAGCCUGAGCAGCUCUUGCAGAGGAAGCUGCGGGUGAGGAGCCGGCCUCCUUCUAAGCCAACCAUUGUCCGAGGGGUCACCUACUACAAAGCCCAGUCUACCGAGUCAGAGAAUGACAUCGAGGAGCAACGUGAGUUGGCGGACGAGCUGUUCAGCGGGGACAACACGGUGGACCUGCUGAUAGAGGACCAGCUCCUGAGGCCCAGCAACAGGGCAGGCGAGCCUGUGAGAAAGCCCUCCCCAGUGGGGUGGCCACCCACCCCUGGCAUAGCUCCUACCACCCUGCCAGCUGCUGGCACUGCUGUGAUAUCCACGGUGCCGCUGUCCCCUGCCGCGCCAGACCCCACCGCCGAGAGCUGGCUGAUCCCCGCCCCGCAGUCCGUGACUGCCCCGGCAGGGCUGGCAGAGGAGGGGACUCCACAGCUACCUACAGCCAUGGCCAGCACAGUGACAGCCACAGCCACAGAGAACUUGCUUGUGGCCACCCCUGCUGGAGGCUGGAGUGACAUGGAGCACAGCCCAGGGGCUUGGGUCCAGGCAAACACCCCCGCAACGCCGGUCAGCUCAUCCAUCCCUGCCACCCCAAAAGAGGUCCUGGAGGAGGAAGACAUCAGGAACAUCAUUGGGCGCUGCAAGGACACACUGUCCACCAUCUCGGGGCCCACCACCCAGAACACCUAUGGGCGCAAUGAGGGAGCCUGGAUGAAGGACCCCCUGGCCCAGGAGGAGCGGAUCUAUGUCACCAAUUACUACUAUGGGAACACACUGGUGGAGUUCAGGAACCUUGACAAUUUCAAGCAAGGUCGCUGGAGCAACUCCUACAAGCUCCCGUACAGCUGGAUUGGGACGGGGCACGUAGUCUACAACGGCUCCUUCUACUACAACCGGGCCUUCACGCGCAACAUCAUCAAGUACGACCUGAAGCAGCGCUACGUGGCCGCCUGGGCCAUGCUGCACGACGUGGCCUAUGAGGAGUCCACCCCGUGGCGGUGGCGAGGCCACUCUGAUGUGGACUUUGCCGUGGAUGAGAACGGCCUGUGGGUCAUCUACCCAGCCAUAAGCUACGAGGGCUUCAACCAGGAGGUGAUCGUGCUGAGCAAGCUGAAUGCGGCUGAUCUCAGCACCCAGAAGGAGACCACGUGGCGGACGGGGCUGCGCAAGAACUUCUACGGGAAUUGCUUUGUCAUCUGUGGGGUCCUGUAUGCGGUCGACAGCUACAACAAGAGGAAUGCCAACAUCUCCUACGCCUUUGAUACGCACACCAACACGCAGAUCAUCCCUAGGCUGCUCUUUGAGAAUGAGUAUGCCUACACCACGCAGAUAGACUAUAACCCCAAGGACCGCCUGCUCUACGCCUGGGACAAUGGCCACCAAGUCACCUACCAUGUCAUCUUUGCCUACUGAGACCCCCCCACCACAGUGGGGCACUGCAAGCCAGGGGCCACCAGCACCUUUUAUUAUUAUUUUUAUUGUUAUUAUUGUUAUUUUGUACAAAUUGAAGAGUAAAUGAUGGGUUUUGUUUCAAGCUGGCUUUUUAUGGCGGAUUGUAGAUCGAUCCCCAGGCCAAAAGUAUCCCCUUCAUAUUUGCUGUAUCCUUGCUUCUGAUUUUCCUUCCCAGGGGAAGGAGGUCCUCCUUUGGAAGGGCAGGCCUGGCUCUCCUACCCAGGGAAGAGGAGGUGGCCCAGACACCACCAUCCUGAUGAUGUUUUUAGCCACAGAUAACCAGCAAGACACCCUGAACCAGUGCAAAGCUGCACGCACCAGGUCCCAGCGGGAUGUUGCUGCCUGCCUGUCCUGGUGGAGGACCUGCAUGUCCCAUGAGAAUGUCAUGUCUCAGGACCAUCUUCCCAGCUGAUGGCCAGCAGGCCCCUUGGAGAUCCUGCUGUACAACGGGGCUGCGAGCACAGCUCCAGCAGCCCUUGGUGCUGGUACUUAUGUCAAGGACUGUCCCCUCCAGCUGGGGCUCUGCUCUCCGCAGGCCGCUCUGGGGGCAUGGGUGCACCCCAAGCCCUGACUCAUGCCUGGAGGGAGCUGGCGGCAGGAGGGGGAUGCUGUAAAUACGUGUAGAUGGCUUUUGUUUGUUCAUUUUGUAACCCAAAUAGUCCUCCUUGGCAUUUGCUGGGUGAAGGCUCUGCUCAGCUGGGUGCUGGGCUGCCUGGGCUUGGGCUGGGGCUGGCAGAGCCCUCGCUGUGCCACUCCACUCCUACAUUCCCUCUCACGCCCAUGCCCACCCUGGUCCUGGACCAUCAGGAUCCCCUCACAGGAGGGCACAGCCCUUGCCCUCCUGCCCAUCAGCAUCUUGUAUUUACCUGCUGUCAGUAAUAAAGGAUCCAGUACCUUC